AUGGAUCAACUGCUCAAGCAGCUGGCAGCAGCUGCGCAGGCGCACACUGAAGCCGCCCCAUUGAUGGGGCUGCCAGGCUUGCCAGUUGCCACACAACAUCCACAUGCGGCAUCUGUGCUGCAGCUGUAUGCAGCAGCAGCAGCAGCCGCAGCCGCAGCCGGCUGGGCGCCGUUUCUCAGCCAAAAUUCGCAUCCAGCAUCGAACGCAUCCAUUUCCAGUUCCAGUUCCAGUUAUCGAUAUGGCGCCUGUGGCAACGCCUCCAUUCACAUGCUGCGCCACAUGGCGCUACUGCAACGCGCCAAUGCAGCGACGGCAGCAACGGCAGCGACAGCAGCCGAGCUGCAGGAGGUCAAAGAGCAGCAGCUAAAGGAUCUGGAGCUGGAGGCACUAGAUCGAACCGAAGAACAGAGGACGCGCCAAACAGAAGCCCACGAGGUCUCCUCUGCCUCCGCCCACGACGAUGAGACGGCCAGCGAGAGCAGCGCCGCAACCGGAGCUGGAGCUGGAGCUGCAGCUGGAGCCGCUGCCAAUCGUCGACGGAGCCGCACAAAUUUCAACACCUGGCAGCUGGAGGAGCUGGAACGUGCCUUUGUCAGUAGCCACUAUCCGGAUGUGUAUAUGCGCGAGGCGCUGGCCAUGCGUCUUGAUCUGAAGGAGGGACGCAUAGCGGUUUGGUUUCAAAAUCGUCGCGCCAAGUGGCGCAAGAGGGAGCACACGAAGAAGGGGCCGGGAAGGCCGGCGCACAAUGCUCAGCCGCAGACUUGCAGCGGUGCACCGAUUCCGCUGUUUGAGCUGCGUGCCAGGGAACGCGCACAGCGCAGCAAACGGAUUGCGAAGGCGAUCGAGCGACAGGCGCACAAGUUGCGAUUGAAGGGUGUCCAGGUGAAUAUGGAUCAGCUGCGAGCCGAUUAUCUGGCAGCGCAUGGGGAUCUGAAUCCGGAUCAGGAUUGGGAGCGGGUUCGGGAUGAGCUCGACUAUGCGCCGCUCGACGACGAUGAGCUGCCCAUCGAUGUGGUUGGGGGCGUGGUGUGCAGCGACAGUUUGGACAACUCCCAAUCGCACAGCUCCAAUUUUGCCACAAACCAAAGAAUCCUCAGCGAUGUCAGCUGUGAUGCAGAUGCAGAUGGAGAUGGAGAUGCAGAUGGGCAUGUUGAUGUUGAUGUUGAUGCAGAUGCUGUGAUAAGAGUGGAUCCACUGGAGCCACCAAUUCUGGCCGUGCUGCCAAAGCAGAAACCACAAUACAAUUCAUCCUUCAGCAUUGAAUCGCUGCUGGGCACAUAACACUCCCUCAAAAGCAAUAACGAACACAGAAACUAUUUAUUUUUUAUAAUCCAUUAUAUGAUAAGCUACCCAUUAAGUGUGGAAAAUAUAGGGUAUAAUCAACUUGUGCAAUUA